AUGGCAUACGUGGUCCAAAAGAAAGCCACCAAAUUUGUAGAAUAUUUACCGAUGGAAAUACCACUCGAUAAAGCGAAUGAAACUAUUGUUUUGGACUAUUUUAAGCCAUCCGACUACGAUGGUUUGUACGAAAUAUUUAAGGAAGCAAUAGACGAAGGUCAGACUUAUCCGCAAGAUUUUAUGGAUCACGGACAGUUUGAAAGGUACUAUUUAUCUGACGCCGUCUUUGUUGCCAGAUCCACGAACGGGAAAGUAGUAGGAGGUUUCUACGUUAAGCCUAACUACCCUGGUCGGUCCUCUCACAUUUGCAAUGCCGGAUUUUUGGUGCACAAACAACAACGGAGGAAAGGAAUCGGCGAAAUUCUGUUCACCAAAUAUCUCAAAAUCGCCAAGGAUCUGGGGUACGAGGCGAGCUUCUUCAAUUUAGUCUAUGCCACAAAUCAAGGAUCGGUUAGACUUUGCAGAAAAUUAGGUUUUAAAGAAGUCGGAAUAGUGCCCAAGGCUGGAAAAAUGAAGGACUUGGGAUAUGUAGAUGCGUAUCAGUUUUAUUACGACUUCUCCACUUUCGAUGAAGCAACUGUAUAA